AUGAGAAUCGAAGAGCUCAUCAUUGAUGGCUUCAAGAGCUAUCCUGUGCGUACUCACGUCUCGGGCUUCGAUGAAAGCUUCAACGCCAUUACAGGUCUCAACGGUAGUGGAAAGAGCAAUAUCCUCGAUGCAAUCUGCUUCGUCCUAGGCAUCACAAACAUGUCUGCAGUACGAGCAACCAAUCUGCAAGACCUCAUCUACAAGAGAGGUCAGGCCGGUGUAACGCGCGCUUCUGUCACCAUCGUCUUCGACAACACCGAUCAACGCCGCUCGCCCGUGAGCUUCGAGGCGUACUCUCAGAUCACUGUCACUCGUCAAAUUGCAAUGGGUGGCAUGUCCAAAUACCUCAUCAAUGGUCACAAGGCAACUCAGCAAGCUGUACAGAACAUGUUCCAGUCUGUCCAGCUCAACAUCAACAAUCCAAACUUUCUGAUUAUGCAAGGCAAAAUUACAAAGGUGCUGAACAUGAAGCCGGCUGAAAUCUUGAGCAUGAUAGAGGAGGCGGCGGGCACAAGGAUGUUCGAAGACAGGAAGGAGAAGGCCAUCAAGACAAUUGCCAAGAAAGAGAUGAAGGUUAAAGAAAUCGAUACACUCCUGAAAGAAGAGAUCAUCCCGAAGCUCGACAAGCUGAGAGAGGAAAAGCGUUCCUUCAUCGAAUAUCAGCGCGCAACCUCUGAAUUGGAGCGCCUCACCAGGUUAGCCAAGGCAUACGAGUGGCAAACCUCUACAGUCAAGUUAGAGGAGAAAUCCUCUCUGGUGGCUGCAAAGAGGAGCGACGUUGGUGAAAAGUGCGCGUUCAUCGAAGCGCUGAAGCGCCAGAUCGCCAGCAUAGAGCAGGAGCUCGCAGAGAACGAAAGAAAGCGCGAGCAAGAAAUGGCAAGGGGAGGCAAGCUCAAGAAUCUACUAGAGAAGAGCAAGACUCUGCAGCACGAUCUCGUCAAAGCGAAGACUGUCCUCGACCUCAAAGUCUCAAGUAUAGAAGAGGAGAAAAAGAAACUGGCGGCUGAUGAAAGCGCUCUGGCUGCUUCAAAACAAGCACGGAAUCAGAAGGCGAGGCAGCUUGACAACAUUUCGAAAUCUUUCGACACACUGAAGAGCGACUUUGAUGCCUCGACGUCCGAGCUCAGCAAGCAAGACGAGCUUCUGCAAUCUCUUCUCACAGGAAUGGCUGCCAAGUCGCCUAGUCAAGCUGCAGGCGGGCAAGGCGGCUACAUGGGGCAAUUAGCAGAUGCACGCUCUGCGAUAUCUGCCGCCACCACGGAGAUCGAGCAAGUGAAGUUGAAAAUUCGCUCGUUGGAGAAAGAGGUCAAAACGAAAGGACCACAGGCGGAGAAGGCAGAGAAGGAGGGUGCUGGGCUCCUCAAACAGCUGGAAGCCGCCGAAGCCCAGGUGAGGAAAGUUUCAUUAGCUCUUUCUAUGAGCGGCUGGGAUGAGACCAAAGAGCGAGAAGUCGUGCAGCGCAAAAAGAAUCUCUCAGCCAGGAUCAACAGUCUGUUGGAGACCAGGGACCGCAUCAGAUCAGGUCUUGCUCGUGUCAGCUUCGACUACUCGGAUCCGGAGCCCGCCUUUGACCGGUCAAAGGUCAAAGGUCUCGUAGCUACGCUCUUGGAUCUCAAAGCCGAGAAUCACAAGUACUCUACAGCGUUAGAGAUUUGUGCUGGAGGUAGGCUGUACAAUGUCAUUGUGGAGGACGAUGACACUGGUGCAAAGCUGCUAAAGGGUGCCAGGCUGCGACAAAGGGUGACACUGAUUCCUCUGACGAAAAUCAGCAGCUUUGUCGCCGCCUCGCACAAGAUUGGGGCCGCACAACAAAUAGCAGGUGACCCUUCCAGAGUACACUUGGCUCUCAGCCUAGUAGGUUACGACGAUGAAGUCUCCAAGGCCAUGGAGUGGGUCUUUGGAAAUACUCUGAUCUGCGCGGACGCCGAGACAGCCAAGAAAGUCACCUUCGACAAUCGCGUCAAGAUGAGGAGUGUUACCUUAGACGGCGAUGUCUACGAUCCAGCUGGCACAUUGUCCGGAGGCAGUCAAGCUCACACCGGCGGUCUGCUUGUCAAGGUCCAGGAGCUGAGGUCAGUGGAGACCCAAUUGGCUGCCGGCAAGAGCGAGCUGGAGGCUCUCGAGCAAGAUGAGCAGGGGGCAAAGCAAGAGAUGGUCAAAUGGGGGAAAUUGAAGCGCGAACUCGAGUUGCGGCGCCACGAAGUCGCUUUGCUCGAAGGACAGGUGACGGGCAGCAACGCCACGAGGAUCAUCUCCGAGGUAGCAGCUGCCAGGAAGACUAUCGAUGAGCUGCAAGCUGCACUGACAGCCGCUACAGGACGCCGAACAGACGCUACCGCUGAAGCUAAGCGUAUUCAGAAGGAAAUGGCGGAGUUCGAGAGCAACAAAGAUUCUAAGAUCGAUGAGCUGAAGGCUGAAGUGAAGACUCUCAAGGCCGCUGUACAGAGACAGAGCUCCACUGUCAAGAUUCGUCAGAAUGAGGUCAGGACAAUGGAACUUCAGCUGGAGGGAGCAGACAAGGAGAUCGAAGAGGCUACGGAUAGCCUGGAGGAGUUGCGGCGAGGUACUCAGACAGCGCAGGAGGACGUCCUCAGGGCGCAGAAAGACAUCGACAGCAUGCAGACUGAGUCAGACCAGACUGAUGCCGCUUUGAAAAAGGAGCGGGCUGCGCUCUCGGCAUUCGACGAGGGUAGACAUGCACUAGAGACUGCCAGGAAGUCGAAGAAACAAGAGAUCGCCGACACAGAGCUGGAGCUCAAGGAACUGAGGCAUGACCUCGAGAAGGCCGAGCAUGAAGUCACGCUUGUGGAGAAAACCAUCAAGGCGAUCGAGGGCCGAUACGAAUGGAUUUUGCAGGAGCAGCGGCUCUUCGGUCACUCCGGAACGGCAUACGACUUCCGCAAACACAACAUGUCAGAAGUGCGCCGCAUGUGCAAGAAGCUGGAGGAGCAGCACAGUGGCCUCAAGAAGAAGGUCAACACAAAGGUUAUGAACAUGAUCGACUCUGUUGAGAAGAAGGAAAGCGAGCUGAAGUCCAUGCUGUCUACUGUCUUGGGCGACAAGUCCAAGAUCGAAGAGACGAUUGGCGAGUUGGACAGGUACAAGCGGGACGCGUUGCAGACAACUUGGAACAAGGUCAACGGUGACUUUGGGGACAUCUUUGCCGAACUUCUGCCGGGAAACUAUGCCAAGCUCCAGCCUCCCGAGGGUCAAGACGUGACCCAAGGGCUUGAGGUCAAAGUCCGUCUUGGCCAAGUUUGGAAGCAGUCCCUCACAGAGCUCUCAGGAGGACAACGCUCCCUGAUAGCCCUCUCGCUAAUCAUGUCUCUGCUGCAGUUCAAGCCCGCACCAAUGUAUCUCCUGGAUGAGAUCGAUGCUGCACUGGACCUGAGCCAUACACAGCACAUUGGUCAGCUCUUCAAGACGCGAUUCAGUGGGAGCCAAUUCAUCGUCAUUUCCCUCAAGGAGGGACUCUUCAACAACGCCAGUGUGAUCUUCAGGGCGCGGUUCAGGGAUGGCACCAGCAUCGUUGAGAGGACCGCAAACGCCCUCGCCAGCAUGAAUGCCGCGAGUGGGAACGCCCGCUCGGCUCAUAGGGGCGUAUUGGCGCCUUUGUCGUCCUCGACGGCUACGCAGCCGCUCAGGAGCAGAGGUCCAGUCGCGGUCUGA